AUGGAGUGCUUGGGGACCCACCCGGAUGCACUGGCUCCAUCAGCUAACAUAGUAAGCGGGGUGAAGCUGGGAGUGAGCUGCGGUAACGACACGUGUGUCCAGGAGCUGGACCAGUGUGACGGCUGGGCGGACUGUCCGGACGGACGGGACGAGCUGUCUGCAGUCUGUGAUGCACAGGAGACCGCCACUGUACAGUCCACCCCGACGAGGCAGUUGGUGUGUGAGCGUCAGACGAUGUCGAUAGAGUGUCCAGCCGGCACGCAGAUCGCCAUCCUGUGGGCCGUGUACGGUAGGAUAAAGCAACAUGCAUCUCCGUGCGCGUCCAACUCCAACACCAACUGUAGGGCAUCCAUUAGUUUCACAGUGAUGACUGCGGAAUGUGGAGGGAAGUCCAGCUGUACCAUACAGGCUGAAAACAGUGUCUUCGGCGAUCCAUGCUCAGGGACUGAAAAAUAUCUGGAUGUUUUAUACGAAUGCAGACAACAGGGACAAGGUAAAUAUGAAGAUACCAUGCUCUUCUAA